AUGCGAGAAAAACAGUUGGAAGAAACCGUCACAUUAACUGAUGUUGAAACUCCAGUUAUUCAUCCACAGCCGGAAGCUGCUUACCAGAUUCUUCAAUUUUGGAAAGAAUCACUCCUGGACAACAGAGUUGCUCAGAUAACUUAUUGGAAAAGCAAAGCGGAUUUUAUCCGCCGUGGAGAGUUAAAGCUUGAGAUUGGAAAGCAAAGUGUGGAGAAAGAAAGAGAAAAGAUAUGUGAGUUCUGUUUGAAAAGCUCUUUGAAUGAAAAAGGAGAAACUAUUAGGUUUAGACAAGCUCCUGAGCAAUCUAACCCGACACAACACAUGCUUAUGUUUCUACUCUGUAAGGGUCCCAAGUUGAAGCCAAAAAAAUGUCAAACUCAAGGUCUCAGGUUGGUUAGUGGUCCAUCAGCUGAAUCAAAUGGGACAACAAAUCUGGUUGAAAUUAAUGAUCCGAUAGAGAGAUACAAAGAAAGGCAUGUGCUGGUGGAGCAAAGAUGA